UCCUCCGACACAGAAGAAGAAGAAGGAGACGGAAAGCGGUCAAACUGUCAGCGCGGGGACAGAAAGUGUCCUCCUCCACCGUCACGGACAACCGAAACACUCCCUGCUGACUGGAAGCUUUUCAUUUCACACUUAGGACCAUUGAAAAGUCCGUACAGCCGGAACAGAAGGCCUUCGCGGGCGUCCCGCUGCUUCUCCUCCUGAAGUGAGCUAACUCAGCCUGUUAGCUUAGCAGGCUAACAAACAGAGCCGUGCAGGACUUUUACCUUCAGGACCGAAGAGAUUCAAAGCUGCACCACAACCCACCCGGGCUUCACUUUACGAACGCAGCUGCACGUUUUGGUCUAAGGCGUGGCUUUUGCACGGAAAACUUUGAAGCAAACAGCACCAGAGACCACCCUAGAAAACAAGGAAUCUGAAUGAACUUUGCUGCUAGCCUUCCAGCUAGCGCCUAGCCACCUUGAUUCAUUUAGCUGCGUGCUUCUGCAGCUGAAAGGGGUCCGUGCAACAUCUCGAUCAUCUGCGGACACAUCUGGCCGUAAAGUCGAUAUAUCUGCAUAUAUCUGCGCUAACGGAGGCAGCGUGUUGGUGCACAGAGCUCCGCAGCAGCGUCUCUUAACUUGGAUAGAGCCAGUUUCGGAGAUGAUUCCCGACCAAGCCCCGAAGGAAAACGUCUUCCACGGGUCCGAUGACCUGAAGAAGGAGGCUCACAUCCCCAGCUUUGAGAAAUACAAGGAGCUCUACAUGAAGUCAAUAGAGCAUCCAGAUGAGUUCUGGGGUGACAUCGCCAAAGACUUCUUCUGGAAGACCAAACACACCGGCCAGUUCCUCGACUACAACUUCGACGUGACCAAAGGAGAAAUCUUUGUGAAGUUCAUGGAAGGAGCCUCUACCAACAUCUGCUACAACCUUCUGGACCGCAACGUCCACGAGAAGAAGCUCGGCGAUAAAGUGGCCUUCUUCUGGGAAGGCAACGAGCCCGGCGAUGAGUUGACGGUGACCUAUAGAGAGCUGCUGCAGAGGGUUUGUCAGUUCGCCAAUGUCCUGAAAUCUCAAGGAGUGAAAAAAGGUGACCGUGUCUCCAUUUACAUGCCCAUGGUGGUCGAACUGGUGGUCGCCAUGUUGGCUUGCGUCCGCAUCGGAGCUGUUCACUCCAUAGUGUUUGCAGGUUUUUCUGCCGAGUCCUUGUGUGAGAGGAUCAUGGACUCUCAGUGUUCGCUGCUCAUCACUGCAGACGGUUUCUAUCGAGGAGAUAAGCUGAUCAACCUGAAGCUCUUAGCUGACGAGGCGCUGCAGAAAUGCAAAGACAAAGGUUUUCCGGUCGAAAGGUGUAUAAUGCUGAAACACUUGUCCAAAGAAGCAGAAGAUAUUCUGGGUUCUCAGUCUCCUCCUGCCAAAAGAUCGUGUCCUGAUCUGCAGCAGGAAAAACAAACUGCGAGAGUAAAGAAAACGCGUCCUGUUCCGAAGGUGCCGUGGAACCCAGAGGUGGACUCGUGUUGGCAUUCUCUGCUCCGUGGAGUUUCAGAUGAGUGUGAACCGGAGUGGUGCGAAUCUGAAGACCCGCUGUUCAUCCUCUACACCAGCGGAUCAACCGGGAAACCAAAGGGCGUCCUCCACACAGUCAGCGGCUACAUGCUCUACGCUGCCACCACCUUCAAACUGGUGUUCGACCACCAGUCCGAUGACGUCUACUGGUGCACGGCGGACAUCGGCUGGAUCACCGGACACUCCUACAUCACCUACGGUCCGCUGGCUAACGGAGUGUCCAGUGUCCUGUUCGAGGGUCUCCCCACCUACCCAGACGUGAGCCGGAUGUGGGAGAUCGUGGACAAAUAUCACGUGACGAAGUUCUACACGGCUCCGACCGCCAUCAGGAUGCUGAUGAAGUUCGGCAGCGAACCGGUGCAGAAGUACAAGCGAGAGUCUCUGAAGGUUUUAGGGACAGUCGGAGAACCGAUCAACCCCGAGGCCUGGCAGUGGUACUACAACGUGGUGGGAGAGAAGAGAUGUCCCAUCGUAGACACCUUCUGGCAAACAGAAACUGGAGGACAUGUGUUGACUCCUCUACCUGCAGCGACGCCCAUGAAGCCUGGAUCUGCUACGUUCCCAUUCUUCGGAGUGGUUCCGGCCAUCCUGAACGAGUCCGGAGAGGAGCUGGAGGGACCCAGUGAAGGAUACCUGGUGUUCAAACAGCCGUGGCCCGGCGUCAUGAGGACGGUUUACGGAAACCACCAGAGGUUUGAAACCACCUACUUCAAGAAGUUUCCUGGUUAUUACGUCACAGGAGACGGUUGCCGUAGAGACAAGGACGGCUACUACUGGAUAACAGGGAGGAUAGAUGACAUGCUGAACGUCUCAGGUCACUUGCUGAGCACCGCUGAGGUGGAGUCGGCUCUGGUGGAGCACAAGUCGGUGGCCGAAGCCGCCGUGGUUGGACGACCUCAUCCGGUCAAAGGAGAGAGUCUGUACUGCUUCGUCACUCUGACCGAGGGGGUGACGUACAACGGCUCUCUGGAGGCACAACUCAAAAAACAAGUGAGGGAGAAGAUCGGCGCCAUUGCUACUCCAGACUACAUCCAGAACGCACCAGGACUGCCCAAGACCAGAUCUGGGAAAAUCAUGCGACGGGUUCUCCGUAAAAUCGCCUGUGACGAGCGCGACCUCGGCGACAUCUCCACGCUGGCCGACUCCUCGGUGGUGGAGCAGCUCUUCCAGAACAGAUGCUGCACGGCGGUGUGACGUCUCCGGGACAACCGCAGGAAAAACCCACUGCAGCUGCAAGACGGUGGCCGCGGAACUAACCAGGAGGAGGAGGAGGAGGAGGAGGAGGAGGAGGAGGAGGAAUUCCAUAAACUUGGUCUUGUCCAGCAAACAACCUGUAGCUCCUGAUGUAUUUAACACGACCCCACAUGUCAGAAACCUCAGCAGCAGCUCUAUGUUUUCCUCUUCUGACGGCUCAGUGGUGAAGCUUCAGGUUGUUUCUGGUUAAAGCUGAGUGGAGGCGACACUUCAGGCGGUUUCCUGCCGGUGUUUCAGCCCCAAACACAAAAAUAUUAAACCUGUCAGUAAAAGUACACAGUUUGUACACUGGAAAACGUCCUACUUCUAACUGCCCGGUAUUAACAAAAACCUCCUCCCUUCUCAGGACCGCUACGACCGUUAGCUCAACCUGUUUCUACCAGUUUUACUUUCUGUUUUAAUUCUUAAAAAAACAUAUGUAGUCAUUUUGUUUUGAUGUAGGAGUCGUUGUUUGUCUCUAUGCUUGUAUGUUUUUUUUUUUUUUAGUCGCACAGAAGAGAUUUUGAUAGAAACUAAAGUGAGUUUCAGCCUCAGAGUUCAGACGAGUAUCCUCACAAAACCUCUGAACCUGCUGCAGGUUUGAUGUUGAAAAAGGGACAAAAACACAUCAUACAUAUAAUUUAAGUGUCUAAAAUUUACAUUUCACCUUUAAAUCAGACUUUGGUACCUUAAGUGGCUGUAAUUAUGGACGGCUUGGAUUAGAUGUGAAGAACUUUUGGAGUUUUUCAUGAGUGCUGCUGUCUUUGUUUCUUCAUUAAAGAGUAUUUCAGCUCUUCUUAAGAAGAAGUUUCAUCAUCUGGUAGGAGGACGCUGGUGUGGCUUUAAUUUGUCUCUGAAAAGGCCAAACGUCUCGACUGAUUCCUGCUGUAGAAAGAAAACUUUAAAAGGACGGAAGUUUUAAUCAAACAAUUAGGACUUUAGUGACGCAAAACGACUAAAAUCUGCUGUUUGACGAAUCAAUUGGUCGCAAAAAAUUGACCAUCUGCUGAUUAUUUUCUACUGAAGUGAUAAAAUAUUCUCACGAUUUCUGAAAAUCCAGAAAUAUUGCAGCACUAGAACUCUUGAGGGAUAAAACAAACUGUUUCUAGAUGAUUGGAUGUGUUUUUGUCGAGUUGUGAUGUAAAAAAAAACCUGCUGUUUGCAAAGUUUAAACUACUUUUAAUUAGCGGAGAGUUUAAUCCUCCUACAGCGUAAAAUAAUGGAUUAAUCAUGGAAGAAUUUGGUCGAUUGAGAGCAAAUCAACCAAACGAUCGAACCUACAGCUACAAAUACCAUCAGAAAUGGGAAAAGAACGCGUCUAUUUGGGCUGUUUUUACCUGCAUUUUUACUUUUUAUCCAGCUCAAAUCCAAAAACUUUGGUAUUUACCAUCUUCGAUCCACAUUUUUUGCUUUUAUAAAGUGAUUCCAGCAGCAGAACAUCAGACUAGAUGUUGUUUUCGGUCACAUUAAUGAAGAAACACGUCAGCAGGAGUCUGAUAUUUCAGGUUUCGAGGAACAUAGUUAUACUGUUUAUUGGUAUUUUCAUUGGAGAGUCAAAACAAAGCAGCACCAGGUUGAACUUCUGGAUCUUCAGAGCAAAUCUGUGCUUAAAAAUCCACAUUUUUCCUGUAAGUCUCUAAUGUGGUAAAUGUGAGUGACUGAAGUUGAGAAAAUGAACUCCCACCGUCUGAUUGGAGGCUUGAAAGUUUUCUGUUUCCUGAUUUGAUGACUUAGAAGCAGGACCUUGUUUAGAUCGCAACUUUUAUUUCCUCUUUUUUUUUAAUGUUUAUUUUGCAUCUCGAUGUGCCAACCUUUGGAGGUUUGUAAAGCUAAUUAUUGUAUCUAAUGUUUCAAACAGUGCAGCUGCUUUAUGUGAUUCAGUUUCUGUCUAUAAAUAACGGGUGAAGGAAAGAGAAUUUUUUUUUUUUUUUUUUUGUUUCUGUUAAGUUUAUGUCGUUUUUAUUUCCCUGUUUGUGUCAUAGUGAAUGAAAUGACAGUAAAUGGCCACGACUACUGCCUCGAACCUCAA